AUUUGUAGCCAAACAUAAAUAUAAAAUAAAACCAACAUUUGUCAUCUGUCUUUAAUUCUUAUGAUUUUUUGCGUACAACAUGUGUUUAAAAUCAACAAUAAUGUCAAAUUUAAAAGUAACGGAGAGUCUUUGAACGCAGCAUUAAGUUACGCCUCGCGUUCUUGAUGCUAACGCGAAUAGCUACAACAAGCUAAAGCAUGUGAGAAAUUAGCUACCACUUGUGAGAGACGUAAGAAAAUUAAAAGCAAACUAAAACCUACAACCUUGGUCUCAAAAUGGUUGUGGACGACGUUCAUUUCAUGACUCUCCUGAAAGGAAAACGCCUCAAGCUGACGCUCAAGAGUUCGUCGUUUUUGGGGAUUGUUCAACGAAUCAAUCCGAACAAAACGCUGGUUUUGGCGGACGUUAGUGGGAGCGAUGGACGCAAAAUUCCUGGAACCAAGCUGUUUUUUGGACAUGAGAUUCUGAAUGUGGAAUUCGCAGACGAAGGAAGUGCUGACCUUGGAAACAUUGAGCUCUAUAGAUCUGAAGGGCAGUUGAACGUAGAAAAGUGUCAGCCAUACAGGAAGGCAAUUGCAUUGAUUGAUGAUGGUGAAGAAGAUGAAGAGGAGGCCAUCGACUAUGUUGUCAUUAAUGAAUUUCACCAGAAGUUUGGACCUGCUGUGGCACACAUCAAAAAGCAGUAUGUAAUCGGCGUGGGGGGUGAAGGAGUCGAGAUAUACAAAAAUGGAAGAUUGUGCUGGCUGCAGAUUGCUACAAAGUACAAGGUGUACUUGUUUGACAUACUGCUACUUGGAACAAGGGCAUUUAAGAAUGGUCUCUCAAUGAUCCUGGAAAGUAAACACAUAUUGAAGGUUAUUCACGACUGCAGAGCCAUCGCUGGAUGUCUGUCUGCUCAGUUUGGAGUAAAACUUACCAAUGUUUUUGACACUCAGGUGGCAGAUGUCAUGUGCUUCUACUCAGAGACUGGAGGGUUCCUUCCUGACAGAGUCAGCACUUUCCAUGAGGUGGCGGGUCUUUAUUUGAAGUUGCCCUCCUCCAGGCUCUCUUCUCUUCAAAUAAAGGCACAGCUCACCAAGGAGGAAAUGGAGAUGUGGUACAAACGGCCUUGCCCUGCACCGUUGCUGAAGGUGAUGGCUUUAUCGGUGAUUCAUCUACAGCCUCUGAGAAUGGUGCUGCUAGACACACUGAUGAAUGACUAUAGGACCCUGGUGGAUUCCUACCUUAGCAACACCAACUAUGAACCAGAUGGACUAGAGCCUAUCACUAUGGAAAGUACACUGGAGUUGCCCAAAGAGCUCAGGCAACUGGACGAAAUGCAUCUUGAGAGGCAGGAGUGGGCUAAUAGCCACUACCCUGUCACAGAAGGUGGGCUGCUGGAUCGCUUCAACCCACAUCCUAAGUCAGAAACCCAGACCUCCCCUGCUGCAGAGGACCACAGCAGUACUCUGACUGAACCUGCUGAUCAGACUUCAUCACCUCAAUCUGACCUUCCUCUUAACCAGCAAACCACAGCCAGCAUGCCUUCUGUGGGUGUCCACACCUCUUCCAAUCCACCAGCAGAGUCACUGUCCUCAGUCGUGAUGUCCAACAUCGAAGGAAAUAUGUCUGUGAAUAGAUUUCCCUCUGAAGGUCUGGACAAAGGAUUAACGGGGGAUCAUGUGAAUGGGAUGGGAAGAGGAUGGUUAUUUAAGAAGGAGCAGCCAYCUUUACCUGUCUUACCAUCUGUAGGACGAGGUUUCCUUCUCCAGAAAACAUUGUCCCAGGAUCCCAAAGAGAGCGUUUGUGACUUCAAAAGUCUGGACAGGCUGGAAAUGGCUCCUAAAGCUACUAACCAGCCUGGAUACCAUAAUGAGCAACCUAAUGAUAAACGUGUGGCAACUCCUCAACCCCUCUCACACUCACUGAUCCAGUCGUUUCGGUCUUUCAGAUGUUAAGACAACUCUYAGCCUACAAGCCCUUUAACCACAGUUGUUGUUAAACAAUUUGUAAUGUCCUGCAUUGACCAGUAGAUGGCAGUUGUUGCUCUUUUUUUGUAAAAACUUCACAUCAGUCUUUGAGACAUAAAGUCUGGGUACAAAAGAGGUGCUUUGACUUUGUAGUUCACUGAAGUUUAAACCGAUGUUGCUUUCUUUAUUUUUUAUAAUUAUUUUUACAAAAGACAUUCAUUUAUUCCUGUGUUUGGUGUUCUGUCUCUAAAUGCUUUAUUUAAACGUUAAUUAAUGGCAUUCUGAGCAUUUAUGUAAAUGAAAAGAAAAGCUAUAAAGCUUGAGCAAAAAUAAAUGUUGAAUAUUUUUAGCAUGCAA